AUGGCGAGCCGCUGCUGCACCAACAACCACUACAACGCUUGCCAUUUCCUACCAGGCUAUUCCGCCAUCAACCCGUGUCAGUCAGUCAGCAUCGGCGUGAGUCACCCCGCCUCGGAAACUCCACAGAGCCAGCUACCCUGCAUCCAUGACCCUGGAGAAGAACGUCUUCCAACGGCUCCCUCUAGCUCAACAUCUCGCCAUGGCGUACGUAGCGCAACACUUGCGCUUGAAGUCAGUCUUGUAGUUACCAAGUUCAGCUUCCUGCUUGAUCUCCGACUUGGUGCCCUCCUUCCUUGGCUCGCAUUCCCGAAAUGGGUUGCUCCACUCCCGCUAAACCUUGGCUUUGACACCAACGAGGAAGAUAACUAUAAAGCUGACUGGCUGCCAACUACCAUUACUUUCAACGUCAUCAUCAAAAGCAGACCACUUCCCCUGGGCCCUCCCCUCAACAUGACGUCUAUGGCAUCCGAGUCCGUCGCCACCAUUCUUUGUACGUCAAAGCAAACCCGUUUUCACAUUGACACGGCAAAUUAUCGACAACUCGAUAUCGAGGGUGUCAACAUCACCAUCGUGGGUGGCUCCAAAUCGGGCGCGUCCGCAAAGGGCAAGUCCAAAGCCCGUAGCGAAGGUCUCGAGAUUCUGUCCGGCGCCAAGUUGCGUCUGCAGGAAGGCCGCAGAUAUGCCCUCGUCGGCCGAAAUGGCACGGGAAAAUCCACGCUCCUCAAGGCCAUUGCCGAGAAGCUCAUACCAGGCAUCCCCGAACAGGCGAGGAUUGCCAUCCUGCAGCAGACUAAGCUCAAUGACGGCGAGCCGCCCAAGGAUGAGACGUCGACCGCGCAGCUGAGUAUCCGCCAGGAAGUAAUUGAACGCGCCACGUCGCGCAGCCUCGUCGAGCAAGAAAUUCAAACUCUGUCGGAUGGCGUCAACUCAACGGACCCCUUUGCGCCGGUGCGCGCUGUCCGCCGUCUCAAGCACGAGCGUCUGCAGAAGCGCCACUUCCUGCUGGACAAGGACGCGCGGCUGCGCAGCGGCGCGCGCGGCAUGGCGGCCCGCAAGGCGCUCGUCGCCAUCGAAAAAGCCGUGGCCGCGUCGCAGGAGCUGGUCGACCAGCCAAACGCCGACAUGACGGCGAACGCGCUGCACGAGGAAACGCAGGAGGCGGCCGAUAUGCUCGCCGAGCUGCAGAUCCAGGUCGAGCCCGGCCGCGUGAGCGAGAUUGAGACGAGGGCGCGGCGCAUCCUCACCGGCCUCGGCUUCACCGAGGCCGUCAUGGAGCAGCCCCUCGCUAGCCUCUCCGGCGGCUGGCACAUGCGCGCCAGCCUCGCCGCCGUGCUCCUGCAGGACGCCGACGUGCUCAUCCUCGACGAGCCGACCAACUUCCUUGACCUCCUCGGCAUCAUCUGGCUGCAAAAGUACCUCGAGGCCCUCGGCGACGCGGACAGGCCGCCCACACUGCUCCUCGUCUCGCACGACCGCGACUUCCUCUCUCUCUGCACCGACCUGCUCAUUCUCAAGGACAAGGAGCUCGCCUACUUCCACGGCAACCUGCCCACCUUUGAAGCCGCCCGCGCCGAGCGCAAGGACCACCUGCGGAAGAUGAAGGACGCCCAGGACAAGCAAAAGGCGCACAUUGAGAAGACGAUUGCGCACAACCUCAAGACCGGCCGCCAAAACGACGACCAGAACAAGAUACGCCAGGCAAAGUCUCGCCAGAAGAAGCUCGACGACCGCUGGGGCCUGCAGGUCAAUGCGCGCGGCCACCGCUUCCGCCUCAACGACCAGGCCGGCUUCUUCCACACCUCGCACCAGCAGAUUGACGUGGGGGCCGAUGAGCGGCCCGUCGUGCUGGCACUGCCCGCACCGUCCGACCUGCGCUUCCCCGGGUCGCUCCUCUCCCUGGACCGGGCGAGCUUCCGGUACGCACCCUCGGCGCCGGCCGUCGUCAAAGACGUGUCCCUCACCGUCGGCAUGGGCGACCGCGUAGGCAUCCUCGGGCUCAACGGCGCCGGCAAGUCGACGCUUGUGCGGCUGCUCGUCGACGCGGCGCGGCCGACGGCGGGCGCCGCGACGAGGCACCCGCGCCUCAAGCUGAGCUACUACGCGCAGCACGCCGUCGACGAGCUGCAGGCCCGCGGCCGCGCCGACGUCGGCCUCACCGCGCUCGCGCUGCUCACCGCCGACGUCGACGGCCAGCUCGCCGAGGGCGAGGUCCGCGGCCUGCUCGGCGAGCUCGGCCUGCCGGGCCGCUUCGCGUCCGACGUGCCCGUGGCCAGGCUCUCGGGAGGGCAGCUCGUGCGCUGCGCGCUCGCACGCCUGCUCUGGCGCCGCCCGCACUGCCUCGUGCUCGACGAGAUCACGACGCACCUCGACUACGAGACCGUCACGGCCCUGCGCGCCGCCCUCAGGCACUGGGAAGGCGCCGUUGUGCUGGUCAGCCACGACAGGUGGUUUAUGCGCGGCGUGAUUGACGGUGUGGUGGAGGAAGACGAUGGGGAGGAGAGUGAUGGGGAGGAGGAGGAUGGGGAUGCGCCGAUUCGGCGGCGUGUCAUGUACAGGCUCAAGGGCGGCGAGAUGACGGUGCUCAAGAAUGGCGUCGAUGAGUUUGAAAACAUCAUGGAGAAGCGUGUCAAGAAGCUCCUUGCUGCGUAG